AUGGUUGAAAAGCUGAGCCCCAUAUGUGUGGCUACAACCCAUAGCAAUCGCCACGAUACACACAAACCGGGAACAAAACGUCAACCAUCCAGCUGCCAUGACGCAGAUAAGAAGGUGGAAGAUACAAAACAUAGCGUCAAAGAAAUCUGCAGUGCUACCUACUUCAAGAGCGCAGAAUGGUCCGCCGAUGGCACCACGAUCGUGACAGAUUCUGCAGAUCACCAUGUCAGGACCUGGAUACUGCCGCAAGAUCUGCUAGAGGAGAAGCCUUCGCCGCAUGAAUUGUCCCCGUACUCCACCCUGCCGUCUGUGGAACCGACAUAUGCCACAGCUAUGUAUCCUUUCUUUUCGCUUCAAGACCCGUCCACCACGUUGUUACUUUCCUCAAUACGGGAUCAUCCCAUCAGACUGUCAUCUGUACUGGCCCCGACCUCUCUGGCGACUUAUUCCUUGGUGAAUCCGAUGACGGAAGCCUUCAUCACUCCUCAUUCAAUGCUUUAUCCAUCUGCUUUAGGGGGGACCCAUUUCUUGACAGGAUCGGACAGCUUGAUCUGUCUCUUCGAUGUCUCUCGACCUGGAAACGAUGGCCCUAUUGCCUCUAUGCCCACGAUACCAAGCAAGCGCAAGCAAAUGGUAGGUGGAGGGGUGGGUAUGAAAGGGAUUGUCUCUGCCAUGUCGAUGGAUCCAACUGGUGGCGGCAUAUUGGCUGCCGGCACCUUCACGAGGCACGUUGGGCUGUACGGGUCUCAUGGCACGGGCGAAUCUCUAGGUACAUUUAGUAUUGCAAAAACGGAGGCUCAACGCCAUAUUGACGGUCGGGGAGUCACCCAGCUGCUAUGGAGCCCCUGUGGAAGAUAUUUGUACGUCGCUGAACGCAAAAGCGACGGGGUCCUCAUAUACGAUAUCAGGGUAACCGGCCAACUGCUUGGAUGGCUGCAAGGUCGCCGGGCUCUCACAAAUCAACGAAUGAAGAUCGAUGUGGUCCCCAGUGGCGAGGGAGGAUCGCAUGAGAUCUGGGCUGGGGGGACAGAUGGGUGUAUGAGAGUGUGGAAGAACCCCACGCAUUCAGUUGGGGCACAAGAUCCCAAGUGGGAAUGGAAGAUUCAUGAUGGAUCUGUGAGCAGCACUGUGCUGCACCCAUUAGGAACCAUAGCAGCGACAACAUCAGGACAGAAGAGUUAUGAGAACGACGACAACAACAGCGGUGAUCCGACCCCCGCUCCAGAUGGUGAUAACAGCUUGAAGAUAUGGCACAUGCCGUUUUUGAGUGAUAACGGCGAGAACGACUGA